CCCGUUCAGGUGAGACUGUCACCUGGGCAGGAGCCUGCCAGGGCAGUGUGUCCACCUUGUACCCCAGCAACAGGACCCUGCUGGGGGCAGACCCUCGUACCCCAGCAACAGGACCUUGCUGGGGGCAGUGACCCUCGUACCCCAGCAACAGGACCCUGCUGGGGGCAGUGAUACCCCAGCACCAGGGGGCUGCAGAGGGCAGUGGGACCCUUGUACCCCAGCAGCAGCUGCGAUGAGGCAGGAGCUCCAGUAUGUUGGGUUCUUCAUCUCCCUGGUUUCUGCCGCCUUCCUCGUUGUGGCGACGUGGACGGACUGCUGGAUGGUGAAUGCGGACGACAGCUUGGAGGUUAGCCAGAAGUGCCGUGGCCUGUGGUGGGAGUGUGUGACCAGCACCGUGGACGGGAUUCAAACCUGCGACAACUAUGAUUCGAUUUUGGCUGAGCACCCCUUGAAGCUGGUGGUGACACGCGCCCUGAUGAUCGUCACGGACAUCCUGACUGGCUUCGCCUUCAUCAUCCUCAUCCUGGGCCUGGACUGUGUCAAAAUUCUGAAGGACCACACGCCCACCAAGGCCAAGAUCUGUCUGGUGGCCGGGAUAAUCCAACUGAUCGGAGGGAUCCCGGGCAUGGUGGGUGCGGUUUGGUACGCCAUUGAUGUGUACGUGGAGCGGAGCACUCUGGUCAUUCAGAACAUCUUCCUGGGCAUCCAGUACCAGUGGGGCUGGUCCUGCUGGCUGGCCAUGGCUGGAUCGAUGGGCUCCCUCCUGUCGGGCACCAUCCUCUGCUGCUGCCUCAGCCCCUUGGAAGGCACGGCUUCCAGGAGCAACAGUCCCACCUACCGGCCUGGCAGAAGUGCCACAGGGAAGAUGUAUGCCCUGGACACACUGGUGUAGACUGAACAGCCACUGGGAUCAUCCUUCAGAACUGGAGAUACUCCCUCUGGACUGGGAGACCAUUCCGCCUCACAACAGUUUCUUCCAGAAGGUUCCAUGGAAAUAAAGAGAAAAUGAAUGGAAGGGUUU